AUGCGCCAGCGGACCUACACAGCGAAGCAGGACGACACAGACGUGCUCGAGGUCGAGUCAACAAAUGGCCGGGAGAUGAGCGGCGAGGAGGUCGUGCUUGCUCCGCCCCAGAGCUGUGGCAACACGACCACGGGUGACUGGUGCUCCAUCUCCAUCCAGUGGCUGAGGGACUCCGGGUUCGGGGAGCACCCGGAUUGGUACCCCGGCCUCAGCCACGAGUCCACCGACAGGGAGAUCCAGGCCGAGCUCCACAGGCAGGGCAAGGUCGGCUGCCCCGAGCCCUGCCAAGAGCGGAGGCCAGACAUGACGACGACGACGUCGACGGUGGCACCCUCUUGCACUGACGCGGAAGAGGGCUCGGCUUGCUUCGACGCGGUUAUGGCUGAGAUUGGAGGAAUCGAUAUCAAGGUGGCGCUUGAUGAAUUGGCCUCUACCUUCAGGAAGGUGCAGGAACGUCUUUAUCACAGCAUGAAGGCGGGCUGCACCAGACCAUGCGCUGCGUUGCAUUCGCAAAAGGUGAUUGACCAACGCGGCUACAUGAAGAAGCCAGUGGAAGAUAUGACUAUGAAUGAGAUGAAAAUCUAUUUCGACGGCGAUUGGGACGGCAUGGUCCCCGCGUCCACCUCCCGCUUCGCGAUCCCGACCCAGGACACAGCGGAGGCCUCGACAACGGAGGCCGUGUUGUCUGACGAUGCCGCUGCGGAGAACGAAUCCGAGGAGGCCUUGACUUAUGAGAGCGCCGCGGAGAUCGCUGCGGAGAACGCAUCCAGUAUGGAGCCCAUGGCGCUCCAGAAGGCCUCCCCCGAGGAGAUCGACGCGGACACCUACGUGGCGUCUGGUCCGGACGAGUCGAACAACUCAUGGUUAUUGGGCCCGUUCGGGAGGGGUUCGACCUUUACCACCGGGAGGGAUGGCGACGGGCUCGUGGGCAGGAUCGUGGAGGGCUCGACCGCGAACAGAGCCACGGAGACCGCUGCGGAGAACGCAUCCGAUUUGGAGCCCCCGGCGCCCGAGGAGCACGUGGCUGCAGAGGGCGUCGCAGAUGCCGCUGCGGAGAGGAGCCUGCCCGUGCCCGAGGUGGAUGCGAAGCUCGCUGCUGGCGAGGAUGAGCCGCUGCCCUAUGUCGACGAGGACGGUGUGGAGACGAGCCCGGCCGAGGAGCGCGAGGAUGCGUCCCAGCAGGCGCCCCACGACGCGGCCUGGGAGGGCACCGUCGCGGGGGCAAUUUUGGAGGCCAGCACAAAUCCCGACGCCACCUCGGAGGCCGACCAGCUGAAGGCCGAGCUGGAGAAGCUGAAGGCCGAGAAUGACGCCUUGAAGCAGUCGACCGAGCUGGAGAAGCUGAGGGCCGAGAACGAGGCGCUGAAGCGGGCGGCCGAGCUGAAGGCCGAGAACGAGGCCUUGCAGCAGGAGCAGAGCAACGCCUCCCAGCCCGCCGAGGAGCAGCGCAGCUCGGCAGCGGACCCUGCCGAGGAGGAUGGCGGCGUCGGCCAACCCGCCGACGAGCAGGGCGGCGCCGUCCGGCCUGCCGAGCCCGCCGAGGCCGCCCCGCCUGCCGGGGAGCGGGGCGGUGCCGGCGAGCCCGCCCCAGAGCGGGGCGACGCGGUCCACCCCGUGGACAAGCAGGCGAGUCGAACCGCAGCGCACUGCCGUUGCUUCUCCUCCUGCCUCCGCCGCUGCCUUGCCUUUUGCUGCAACUUCUUCUGCCUCUUCUUCCGUUUCCUCCUCCUCGGCCUCCUCUUCUGCCUCUUCUUCUGUUCCGUCCUCCUCGGCGGGCGCUGCGCUUACUUCUUAUCAUUAUUAUUAUUCCGCCUGCUCCUUCUCAUCCUUGCUUUUCGUCCUGCUUUUCCCUCCUUGCCCUCCUCCUCCUCCUGCUCAUCCCUAUCCUCCUCUGCCCUUCUUUUUCAUCUCUCUAUCCCUCCCCUCCGCGGAUCGCCGAGGUGGUGGAUCCGGAGCCCAUGCCCAUGAUCUCCACAGACGAGGUGCUGUCCCCGGAGGAGACGGAGGAAUCCCCCGAGGAGAUGAGGGCUAGGAUCAGGAAGGAGCUUCUCAAGGACAUGUCCGCCACUACCACGCGCGCCGAGUCCCCUGCCGACGUGGCGGACGAGAUUAGCGAGGAGCUUCUGAAGGAGAUGUCCGUCAGCACCACGCACUUGGAGAGCCCUGCCGAUGUCGCCAACGAGAUUAGCGAGGAGCUUCUGAAGGAGAUGUCCAUCAGCACCACGCACGCAGAGACCCCAGCCGAGGCGGAGAGCAGGAUAAGGGAAGAGCUCCUGAAGGCAAUGACAGCCAGCUACACUGCCCCAGAGACCCCCGUCGAGCUGGAGAGAGAGACGAGGGAUGAGCUCCUGAAAUUGAUGUCUGUCAGCACCACGCCCGCAGAAACUCUUGCCGAGAAGGCAAAGCGGAUGAGGGAGGAACUCCUCAAGGAUAUUUCAGACAUCACCACGCCCACGGAGACCCCCGCUGAGGUCGAGAGCAUGGCGAGGGAUGAGUUCCUGAAGGAGCUCGCGGCCGAGACCACAGCCCCAGAGACGCGAGAAGAGAUGAAGGCCAGGAUGAAGGCUGAAAUGUUGCGUAAGCUGGAGGAGGAGGCGCUAAAGGAGAAGCAGAACAUGGAGGCAGAUGUGAGGAAUGAUCUGCAUGACGAACUCAGCAAAGGGACUGUGGACGCAAUGGGGGAGUAGUCUGCACGUUCCUGUAGUGAAACGGGCUGGGGUUAUCUAGUACGUAUGUUUGUUGAUUUAGGUCACAUGUUGCUAGGACUGGUUUCUUUGCUGCUACGCCUGAUUGAGGACGGCAGCGAUGGCAGAUGAACCUUGUUCUUGGUAUAGGUUCGCGCUGUUAAUACAAAAAACCUUUGCUUGUGGCGGUCGGCACGGCGGCGGAUAUUGUCGUCAGUUAACAAGUGGUGGGCCAUCAUUUUUCGCUUGUGUCGCG